AUCACCAGUGCUCCGUGUCUUGCCCAAGCUAUUCCUUCCCAUUCCUGAAAUUGAAUCAGCAGGCCAACAGGAAAAUGUCCCAUCCCGCUGACAAGCAGGUUGCCGAUGUGGAAUUUGUCCGCACUGGCUAUGGAAAGGACAUGGUCAAGGUGCUCCAGAUCCAACGAGACGGCAAAUAUCACACCAUCAAAGAGGUGGCGGCUUCGGUACAGCUUACGCUGAGUUCCAAGAAAGAUUACCUCCACGGAGACAAUUCGGACAUCAUCCCCACGGACACCAUAAAGAACACGGUCCACGUCUUAGCAAAAUUCAAAGGGAUCAAAACUAUAGAAACGUUUGCCAUGGACAUCUGUGAGCACUUCCUCUCUUCAUUUUCACACGUCUCCAGAGCCAGGGUGUAUAUCGAGGAGGCCCCUUGGCAGCGUUUCGAGAAGAACGGGGCCCGACACGUCCACGCCUUCAUUCACAGCCCCACCGGGAUUCAUUUCUGUGAAGUCGAGCAGUUCAGAAACGGAAAUCCCGACGUUCACUCUGGAAUCAAGGACAUGAAGCUUUUGAAAACAACCCAGUCGGGCUUUGAAGGAUUCUUAAAGGAUCAGUUCACCACACUCCCUGAAGUGAAUGACCGAUGUUUCGCCACCAAAGUGUACUGCAAAUGGCGCUACAACCGACUCAGGGAAGUGGAUUUCCAGGCUACGUGGAAUCUUGUCCGGGAGACUAUCCUAGAGAAAUUUGCCGGACCCUAUGACAAAGGGGAAUAUUCACCCUCUGUCCAGAAGACUCUUUAUGACAUUCAGGUACUCGCCUUGAGCAGAAUUUCAGAGAUUGAUGAUAUGGAAAUCAGCCUGCCAAACAUACACUACUUUACCAUCGAUAUGACCAAAAUGGGACUCAUUAACAAAGACCAGGUUUUGCUACCGACGGACAACCCAUUUGGCAAAAUUACCGGCACGGUCCGAAGAAGGCUGCCCUCCAAACUGUGAUCAACGGACGUCAGGAACCGGCCUGUAGUUGUCAGCUGAGCCACGACGGGACCGGACUAAACAUCCCUGCUAUUUUUCUGAGCGUUGGGUUAAUUCCCAGCGUGGUUUCCUUCAUGCAUCAAUCCUUUGGCAUCUGCUUGACCUACCUCACAGAGAUGAUGGGUGAAUUAAAGAGUCGACGCUUGUGACGCGCUUGGAAAAUACAAAGUACCCUAUAACUGUUGAACAGUAUUACAAUCACCAUUUAUCAACUUUUCCAUUUAGCUCUUUCGAGUCAUCGGAAAUUAUAAAAGCAUUGGAAUCGAUUCAUUAGGACGCUAACAAUGAAUCACGAAGCCGUUCAAAUCGAUUAAUUAACACCCAGCUAUCUUUUAUCUGAUUGGGGAAGAAAAUAAUCGAUAAUGUUGAUUUGUUAAUGUUUUGGUUUAAAUGAUGGCAAAAUUAGUUUUAGGAUGACGCGGAUUGAUUUGCUGAAGGAAUUAAAGUAAAAUGACUUACCGAUGUAAGUUCAGUCGGAUGCUGACAUUCCUACACUUGGUAAGGGUACCUGAGCCCGUUAAUUAUUUGAGAGCUUUAACCGAUUUCUAGUUGAUACAUCUUGGGCAAUCAGGUAUGUUGGCGAUGUGUCCUUAAUGAGAUUGGGGGAGAAUAUGAAAAUUGCUUUUCUUUUAAUCAUUUCAUCAUUUAGUAUGGAACUCCAUGUCCAAUAUGGUGCUUAAAAAAGAAGAUUUUAAGAACUACACGGGUUUCAUGUAGAGGUUGCUGCAUUUUUUUAAUGACGGGAUGAAGAAUUAAGCAGGUAUGACCUUUAUGUUGCUCUCGUCAUUUGGAGAUAAGCUAAAUGACCCGAUUGGCAAAAAAUGAAAAUUCCAGUUAAUUUUGCAGGAACUCCUUUUGAAAGUUCAAACGAAGGCACAAUAAAGACCACUGGAUGAGAA